CAGCAGGGGGCGCCAGAAAGCGCGGCGCUGUUGUUCCUUCACAGACUCCGCUCAGCCUUCUUCAUUCGUUAUUAUUCCCGCAACGUAGCGAUUUAAAGGCGAAGAAUCGAGGUCAGAUCUGCAGCAAGGCGUCUGCUGCAGCCCGUCGCUUCCCUGCUGGAGGAGGUCCGUGUGGCUGGAGACGUCCAAAAGAGGGCGGUGUUGGUGCGGCUUGCCCUGGAGGGCGGCAUCAUCGACCAUCCGGGGAAGAUGCACCGAGGACCCGCAGAUUUAAAGCCCCGAGAGCGGCGUGCUUUCGGAGGUUCGGGCUGAAUCAACGCCUGGGCUCUGGGCUGGGCUCGGGUUUUUUUGGGGGGGGGGCGUUUCUUUUCUUUUCUUUUCUUUUUUUCUUUUAUUCCAGCUCAGGACUCUCGCUUUUCGCCUUUCUCUCCUUUUUAUCAUUGAUGUUUUUCCCCUUGUGGGAGCAUCUCGGAGCAGAGCGGCGAGAGGAGGAGGAGGAGGAGGAGGAGGAUGGGGAAAGGACGACUGUACACCCCGGAGAGGAAGGACGGGGAGUGUGUGUAGCCUUAAAAAAAAAGAAAAGAAAAGAAAAAAAACACGAGCCAUCGUCCAUUUUGCCACUGGAGGAUACGAGGGAUGGAUUAAAAAUAGAAACCGUCGAGUUCAUCGGGGAUGCAGACGAAGAUCUGUCAUGUGGAUGGGAUAUAACUGUGCCAGGAACAGCUUUGGCAUCCUCCUCUGGAUUUUCCCUUCGUGGGAAAAUGGGGAGAUGAAUCAGAAGAAGAGCCGAGGCCAGAAAUGCUGAAGAGCCUGAAGAGGAUCUCCAGCCUGUCACCUCAGCAGUGACCUGCUUUCUCUUUAAGUAAACACACACUGGCCUGCUAUUGGGGUUUGUGUGCUUUGCAGGCCUGCACUUGGCCCUGUUUGUGAAGAAGACUAGCGUGUAUGCUCUUAUAUCUUUGUUAUCUGCUUUAUUUGGCCCUCCCCUCUAUUGACUGUCCAGUGUCAGCCCACUGCUGUCCCUCAUCCCUGAAUCUGACGGUCAGCUUGAACGCAAUUCUACGGACAGGCCUUCUCAAGACCAGCACGGCACCUCGGACUCUCUCGAGGCCGGCCUAAAUUCCACCUGAAGCCAUCCAGAUGUGGAGAGGGGGACGUUCCUGCCGUUAAAGGGACACGUUUAAGGUUCCUUUGACAAGCCAGGCCACUUUAGGCCCAGGCUGAAUGUGGACUACUGUGCCAACCCCAGGGUUAAAGGGAAGAAUAUACCAGUGGAUCUGCAACGGUGGGCUUUUCUUCAUCACCAGCUGUCUAUUGUCCGCGUUUUGUUUGAACUGUCCUCCGUCGUCUGUCAGGGACGCUUCUUCCGAGCCACUCUUUCCACUUUUAAUACUCCGAAACCAGCCGCUGUGUCGUUCCGGACGUGUCUCAGGGUCCAACAUCCAACAUAUGUGGGGUUUUUUGGCCUCCAAGUGCUGGAAGAGGAGUUUUAAGGGUCUUAGAGUAAAAAACCGGCCGGCGAGGAAGAGGCUAUGAAUCCUAGAUGAUGAUGAUGAUGAUGCUGGAUACACAGAAUGCCACUCAGGAGAUAGGUGAGGAGGUGGAGGAUGGAGCUGUGUUCACCAUCACGCUGCGGAAGGUGCAGAUGCACCACUCGGCCACUAAAGGUCAGCGGUGGCUUGGCGUGGACUCGGAAUCCGCCCUCAGCCUGUACGAGACGUGUAAGGUCCGCACCAUUAAGGCAGGAACGCUGGAGAGGCUGGUGGAGUACAUGGUGUCCGCCUUCAGAGGAAAUGACUCCACAUACGUCACCAUCUUCCUCUGCACGUACCGCUCAUUCGCUACUACCAAACAAGUGCUGGACCUGCUGCUCAACAGGUAUGCUAAACUGCAGCACCUGCCGGGUUCAGAGGGCCACCGGCUGACCCACGAUGACCGCAUGGAGCUCAGGAACACCAUCUCCUCCAUCCUGGGGGCGUGGUUGGACCAGUAUUCAGAGGAUUUCUGGAAGCCUCCGGAGUACAGCUGCCUGAGACGCCUUAUUUCAUACCUACACGUUAACUUCCACGGGUCGGACCUGGAGCGGCGAGCCUGUAACCUGCUGGCUCAGUUCCACCGCAGGCUACAGCAGGAGCCUGAACCUGAUGUCCUGGACCACGGAUCCUGCACCUUCUCCCUUCUGGAAGAGAAUGGCUAUGACGACGAUCGGCCAGACUUCCUGAGCUUUGACCCUACAGUGGUGGCAGAGCAGUUCACUCUGAUGGACGCAGAGCUCUUUAAGAAGGUGGUGCCGUAUCAUUGUCUGGGCAGUAUUUGGUCUCAGAGGGAUAAGAAAGGGAAGGAACACCUGGCCCCUACCAUCCGGGCCACUGUCGCCCAGUUUAAUUGUGUGACCAACUGUGUGAUAGCCACCUGUCUGAGUGACCGGACGCUUAAACCCACACAGAGAGCCAAAGUGCUGGAGCGCUGGAUCGAGGUUGCCAGGGAAUGCCGUAUCCUGAAGAACUUCUCGUCUCUGCGGGCGAUCCUCUCUGCGCUGCAGUGUAACCCCGUCCACCGCCUCCGGAGGACCUGGGACGAAGUCUCCCGAGAAAACUUCAGAAUUUUCCACGAACUGUCUGAAAUCUUCUCAGACGAGAACAAUCACUCGCUCAGCAGGGAGCUGCUCAUCAAGGAGGGCACAUCCAAAUUUGCGACGCUGGAGAUCAACCCCAAACGAGCACAGAAAAGGCAGCAGCCACAGAGAGACCUGAGUGUGAUGCAGGGUACCAUCCCAUACUUGGGCACAUUCCUCACUGACCUGGUGAUGAUGGACACUGCCAUGAAGGACUACUUGGAUGGUGGUCUGAUCAACUUUGAGAAGCGGAGAAAGGAGUUUGAGGUGAUAGCUCAGAUUAAGUUGCUGCAGCUGGCCUGUAACAACUACAACUUCACCCUCAACGCUCGAUUCAGAGAGUGGUUCUCCAGUGUGGAUAAACUGACCGAGGCCGAAAGUUACAGCUUGUCCUGUGAGAUCGAGCCAUUGUCAGAGUCAGCCUCCAACACACUGAAGGCCAAGAAAAACACGGGAAUCAUUAAACGCUGGAGCGAUCGUCAGCCGGUCAGUUCUGCUGAAGCCGGCUGCAGCAGUGCUGGCAGCUCUCACUCUAAGUCCUUUGAUCAGUUGCGUUAUCCCUCGUGUUUGGGCGGUUCGGUGGGCAGUGGCGGCGUGGACGGCGGAGACUCGCUCAGCGUAACGUCCGCCGGCUCCAGCAGUUCCGACAUCGAGGAGAUUAACAUCAGCUUCAUCUCCGACUCCCCCGACGCACACGAGAAGAAGACGUCCACGCCCUGCGUAAAACAUUCCAAUUCUACCUUAGGGAAGUGUGGGCCAAUGGGAGACCUCACACCAACGUUCUGGGAAUCCACCUCUCUCUCCUCACUCGACGCCUCUGCCCUCGGCUCCGGCUCCGGCUCCAGCAGUGCCUCAUCCUCCUCAGUCUCCUCCACGCCGGUCACUCUCUCGCGUUCGCACAAGCGCUCGGUGUCUGGCGUGUCCAGCUACUCCUCCCUCUCUCUGCCGCUCUACAACCAGCAGGUGGACGACUGCUGCAUCAUCAGGGUCAGCCUGGACGUGGACAACGGAAACAUGUACAAGAGCAUCCUGGUUACGAGUCAGGAUAAAACUCCUGCGGUGAUCAGGAAGGCCAUGGUGAAACACAACCUGGACCGAGAGAGGCCAGAGGACUACGAGCUGGUGCAGAAAAUCAGUGAGGAGAAGGAGUUGAAGAUUCCAGACAAUGCCAACGUUUUCUACGCCAUGAACUCCUCAGCCAACUAUGACUUCGUCCUGAAGAAGCGCGGCUUCCCCCGGACGGGCCGCACCAAGCACGUGGCCAGCUCCACCUUGCCUCGAAUGAAACAGAAAGGCCUGAGGAUCGCCAAAGGGAUUUUCUGA